AUGUCCGUCGGCUCCACCACCUCCUCGCAACCAACAACAACAGCGCUGCCACCGCCAUCCUUCCCGUCCCCAUCCCGCCAAAAAGAGCUAGGAGAAAUGUGGGAGCGCGCGGUGCAGUGUAUUCGCGUUCCGCUUCAGGACUGUGGAGGUGGGGAGGAGGUGGAGGACGUGUUCAUCCAGGGCUUGGAAUAUAUCCAGGGAAGGAGAGAGGCAAUGAAGGAAUGGCCGGAGAUAUUGCGAGAGGGUGUUUGGUACAUGAUAACCGCCUGGAACUCCAUGGGCGCCACCCAACCCGCUCACAUCAACCAGGCCGCCAACGAGCUACUACAUUCACGCUUGUCGGAGGUAUUCCCGUCAAAGGCAUCACCACGCAUAUUAGAAGCAUACGGCACGGACGACACGGAGGCGUGGCGGGAGGAUGGGUUUGCUGUUCAUGUCAGCACAUCUACAAUUCAGGAUCAGUCACACGCGAGUGAGGAAGAAGUGAUUUUAGGGCUGGGGAGGGAGUUUGGGCAGGUUGCGCUGUAUCGGCUUGAAUGGGUAUCUGAUGCGGGCGGGGAGGGGAAGGAAGUGCGGGGAAGGAUGAUACAGAGGGUUGUGGCGUGCUAUGAGGAGAUGAGGGGGGUUGAGUCGGAUAUUGAGGUGGGGAGGAGGUAG